AUGCUUGGCCUCGUUGGAAAUAUGGGCCUUGCUCAUCUUAGAUAUCCCACUGCAGGCUCUAGUGCCAAUUCGGAAGCUCAACCAUUUUAUGUUAAUUCUCCCUACGGGAUUGCCUUGAGUCACAACGGCAAUCUGACCAAUGGAGAAGAACUCCGAACAUACCUCGAUGAGGUGGUUCACAGACACAUCAAUACAGACUCUGAUUCCGAGCUUUUGCUCAACUUAUUUGCCAGUGAGUUGGCUGCAUACGGAAAAUCCAGAGUUAACAACAAUGAUCUUUUCAAGGCUUUGAAGGGGGUGUACGAGAAAGUCAGGGGUGCAUAUGCUUGCGUUGCUAUGCUCGCGGGUUAUGGUAUCAUAGGAUUUAGAGAUCCUCAUGGUAUUCGUCCUCUCCUAAUCGGUGAGCGCCUCAAAGAUGAUGGAUUAAAAGAUUACAUGCUUGCUUCAGAGUCUGUUGUCUUGAAAGCUCAUGGAUUCCAAGUGUACAGGGACAUUUUACCAGGAGAAGCAGUCAUAAUACCGAAGAACUCCAUGGUUCCUGAGUUUAAACAGGUUGUGCCUAUGCAAUCAUACACUCCCGACAUUUUCGAAUAUGUGUAUUUCGCAAGACCUGAUUCCGUUCUGGAUGGAAUUAGUGUGUACAGAUCGAGAUUGGAAAUGGGUACUAAGCUGGCCGAAAACAUUACGCAUCAGUUCAAAAAAGAUGGACUUGACGUGCGAAAAGAGAUUGACGUUGUCAUUCCUGUUCCAGAUACAUCGAGACAUUCUGCUCUCCAGUGCGCUAAUUCGAUGAACAUUCCUUACAGAGAAGGUUUUAUCAAAAACAGAUACGUUGGCAGAACGUUCAUUAUGCCUGACCAGAAACAAAGACAGUCUUCGGUGAGAAGAAAACUGAACGCGAUGGCCUCCGAGUUCUAUGGCAAAUCGGUUCUCCUGGUUGAUGACUCUAUCGUUAGAGGUACAACCUCCAAGGAAAUUAUCAGUAUGGCCAGAGAAGCGGGCGCAAAAAAGGUUUAUAUUGCAUCUUGCUGCCCUGCCAUCAGACAUAACCACAUUUACGGAAUCGAUCUUGCUGACAAUCGUGCAUUAGUUGGCUACAAUAGGACAGAUGAACAAAUUUCAGAAGCAAUUGGCGCAGACCGCGUCUUCUACCAAAACCUUCAAGAUCUUAUUGAAUGCUGUGUGAAGGAUAAUCGAAUCAAAGACCAUGAGAUGGAACUUGCUUUGACCCCUGUUGUUUCCAGAGACGACACAAUUGAUUCCCAGAUUCUGACAAACAAGACAUCUCCGCCUAUCGACUCUUUCGAGGUUGGUGUGUUUACUGGCUCGUAUGUCACUGGUGACGAGACCGAAUAUCUGUCCUUUGCCGAAAGAGCUCGUGCUGUAAAUGAAAAAAUUAAAAACACGGCAAAGGUCAAUCGAGGGAUAGAGAGUUUGGAUAUAGAAGACGUGAAAGCUUCUGUGGACAUUUCCAUCUUUAACAGUGGAGACUACAGUUAG